CUUGCCAUUAACACCUCUUGUACCUAUAUUCCUUCCGAAAUUUUAAUAAGAAUUGUAGAUCCCAAAAUGAAGGUGAACAGCAGAACUCUAUCGUGUACUUCCAAGAACUUGAAUUUCUAUUUAAAAAGUAUCAGUGGAAGAUUUCCUUCCAGAAUCAGCCGGCAGGCUGAUUCUGAUGGAACUCCUAAACUGAAAUUUCGGCAUCGAGAUAUUGUUCCUGCUAAAAUUAUGAAGCAAGGGAUGAUUAUCGGCAAUGUAUUGAUCACUAAAUGCGCACCAAAGAAGAAAUAGAGUCCCUCAGCAGUUAAGCCAGUCUUUAGAGAACAGAUUGCUUGGAUCCCGAAGAACUGAAGUGAACUUUAAGCCCCACAAAGGUAGGAAUAAAGACUUGAAGGUACUUUACCAUCCUUGAGAAAAUCUCAGAAGCAAGAGGAAAUCUCUCAGGCAUAGUAACCGUAUGCACAAAAAUAAUAAUGGGUUUCAUGUUUCUCCCACCUGCACUGUUCAUAGUGAGCUAUCUAAGAGCUUAAAUACUGUACAGACGAAGGCAAAAUUUGAAAGUGAUUCUCAAAAAGAACCUCAUAGCCUCGGUAGUCCUCACCAUAGCAUACAUAAUAGAAGUGUUAAUUGGGGCACUAGUACUGGAAAACAAUGGUUUAAUGUUUCACAACGAGAACCCCAGAAGCACAUUCAGUCAUUUAUUCAAGAAACUACGGGCAGAAACAACGUCACUUAUGAUCAAGCAGCCAGCUUACAGUCAACACGGUACCUCCAAGAACUCUCUGAUGGGCAUUUUCAGCACCAGCAUGGUAAAAUAUCGUUGAAAACAAAGACAACCCCUUUUUGAGUUGAACCUCUUCAUCCUUUACCUGAUCUUUCAUACUUUCUGGGGCAUGAUUCCUUAGAAGGCAUUAAUCAGUCUCCAAAUCCCCACUUGGAGCCUAGUCCAGAGAAGCCAAACUUAAAGAAGAAGCGAUUGAUUAAUAAAAGAAAUGAGAUGAUCCAAAAGAACAAGGCUGUGUUCGGAGUCAAAGGAAAAAUGCUGAAGAUCCAUAACAAAGUUGAAGACAUUGUCUCUAAUAAAUAUGAUGUAGGUCUACAUCCUCUUUUAUCUCUCUAGUGUGCUGAUUUCCUCAGGAAAUGGAGAAAGAUGAAACUUAAGGUCAAAAAUAGGUAUAAGAAGACCAGAAGGGAUUAAUAUCCUAUUUAAUUAUUUUG